GUUCGUUCAAAUGUCUUUGUUACAAACGUGGUAAAAUAUUUCAUUUAACACGACCUUUUCAUACCUUCAUAAGUAAGUUGGUGCGUUGCAAUAUGCUUAAGUUUAAUACGUUUUUGAAACUUUAUAAAAUCCACUAUUUUCUCACGGAUUAUAAGAGUAAAUAAUUAGUAAGAUGAGAAUCCAUUGACAAGUACUGAACAUGACAGGGACUUUAAACACAGAAGUAAGGUGCGUAAUGAUGGGGUUCUUUUUAGUAGUACUAGUAGGAACAAUAUCUGCACAAUUAGAAGGAAAUCGAACAGAAUGCAGUGUCACCAUUAGUCGUGGAAUGGAUACAUUAAAAGUGCAGUGCAAACCUGGCGAAUUCAUAAAUAACAUAACAUUAAAAAACAUAACAAACAAGGACAACGUUAGUAAUUUUGAUGCAUCUUAUUGCCACCUCCAAUGGAUUCCUGAUACAAUAUGCCUUUUUCCAGAUUUGCAGAAGCUCGAUUUCUCGCAUAAUAAUAUUUCAUUUAUACCUAGUGACAUAUUUCACUGUUUCUCCAAUUUACGGAUACUACACUUGGAAUUCAAUAAAAUAUCGAUCAUUCCAACGGGACUGUUCGCUACGCUCGUACGAAUUGAAGAAUUCUAUGUUAGCCACAAUGAAAUCUCAGUUUUCCAGAAGGGAGCUUUUCUCAACAACUUUAAUCUAUUCGUUUUUGAUGCAAGCCAUAAUAAACUCAAAUCUCUAGAUACAUAUAUCAUUCAACUAUUCGGACAGGAAAAACGUCCUCUUUACCCACUUAGUCCCAAAUAUAGGGGGCGCAUCAAAAAAUCUUUCAAUUUUUCUCACAAUUCAAUCAAUGGGUUCCAUUUCACCAGUUUUCAAACAGAUGCACAAAAUAAGGUUUAUCUCUUUGCAUUGGAUUUACGACAUAACCAGUUUAAAUACUUCAACCUGGAAGUGUUGCAACCUUUUCGGUACGUAGUUCGUGUCAGUGAAGUGGCUGCCUUUUUUUCAUUGUUGGGAAUAUAUUUUGAUAUUCGUAUCACUGACAAUCCAUUAACGUGUGAUUGUCAUAUGUUUGAAUUCUUCAACAUAUUUAGGGGAGUUCUACUUGAUAAGUUUCCCACCAGGUACACUUCUUGGCUAGAUACCUCAUUUUUGUGUAUGCACCCACCAACUCUACGUAAUAUCACGUUAACGAAAGUGCCUGGACAUCAGUUGAUAUGUAACAUCCACGAUGGCUGCCCAUCGAUGUGUUCCUGCACAAGGAAGCCAUACUUGAACCGACUAGUUGUGGACUGCCAGGGGAAAGAUUUGGUUAGGCUUCCGAAUAACCUUCCAAGCGUCAAUGACGACAAGGGCGAACUCAUCGAUUUGUACUUGGCUGAUAAUGCAAUUCGAGAUAUACCGCAAAGACCAUACUUGAAAAACCUUGGUUCCCUAUACUUGCAGAGCAACCAAAUUGAAGACAUAGAGACGAGCGCUUUGGCUAACCUCUCUUAUGUUGAACAACUAAGAUUGCACAAUAAUUCCAUUAGAUACAUUCCAGGUUCUUUACUAGAUGUUCCUUUUCCACAUCUUCAAAACAUCACACUCCAUGAUAACCCAUUUGAAUGUGAUUGCUCUUCACGAUCGUUAAAACAUUGGCUGACGAGUCUUGUAGAAAGAAGAGUACUUUACGAGUCUCAUGCUGUAAUAUGUACAAACGGAGAUCCUAUAAUCGUACAUGAUUUCAACGAGGUUUUAUGCGAUAUGAACUGGGGAGUGGCUGUUGGGGUGCCAACGAGUGUUACGGUUGUUAUGGUAGCAGCGCUAGUGACGUUGUACUUUUAUAAAGACGUUUUUAUUCUCCUUAUAAGGAAGAAAAAGCGGUACCCCGAGAAACCAGUAGGAAAGAUUUAUGAUGUAUUUGUUGGAUACGCCAAGGGAGACAUAAGAUGGAUUCGAGAGACGCUGCUACCAAUUCUGGAGCCUAAAUACAAACUGUGCCUCCAUGAUCGCGAUUUCAGUUUAGAUAUUACCUUUCCAGAAAAUAUUGCCGAGGCUAUUGAGAAAAGUCAAAGAACCAUUAUGGUUCUUUCAUUUAAGUUUCUUGAAGGUGAUUGGUGUAAAGAGCAAUUCCUAAUGGCCCACAAGCAAUACAUGCUUCACCCCAGUCAAGCUCUCGUACCGAUAUUACUCGAUGAUUUUCCAAGAAAUGGACCUAUACCCAACUAUAUCAGGUGUUACCUCCAAUCACAUACAUACAUAGAGGUUGAUAACAUUCUUUUCGCCAAUAGAGUGCUUGUUCAAAUGCCCAAAACAAGCAUAUUAGAAUACCAAGAAGCCGUAGAGAAUCGGGUGUAAUGAAACCAGACGGAGCAGGUAUUUAACAGACACAUCGUUCCUUCAUAACACAGACUUGAGCAAACCAUGGACUUUCAUGGAAGCGAAGGUUAUCCAACUUUACUUCCCGGAUUCCAUAUCUCCACAUCAUUAUGAGCAUUGCCUUGGGCUUUUAAAAAAUUGAAAAAAUGCUUCCUGCACACAUUAUGUUGUAGACUUAGCCCCUUGGUAUCACCACAUAAACCAAAAGAAAACUCAAUAUAACAGUACAAGUUAGUUGUUUUCUCAAUAAACAACAUUUAAUGUGAUAGAAAUAUGACAAUAUUUUGUAAUGUACAAGAUGAGAGCUCAAACAAGCAUAAAAUGUUAACCUUACAAUAUUUUCGUAUCACAAUAUUUGUCUCUUACGUUUCAACAUUACAUCAAGUCCCUAGCCUCACCAUGUCAUUAUAUGUUUCCCAUCUCAACAUUAUUUUGAUUGUGAUGCUUUGGGGUGGAUGCAUUGUUAAUUAGUUUACAAGGGUUGUUCCAAAAGUCUUAAACUAAUUGUUCAUGUUUAUUAUUCAAGACUGAGAAGAUCAGAUAUUUUGAAAUUCUUUGUAUCAAUCAGAAAUUGUCUUGAUAUUAUACUGCUGCAAUCUCAGCCUUGAAUAACAAAAUACUCGGGACUUGUGUGACAACCCUCGUAGAAUUCACUGACUUCAUAAACAGCCUAAAUUAUGUACCUAACUCUUUUCUGUAACUGAGUACAGUGAAACCUGUUAAGUGGAACACCUCUGUUAGUAGAUCACUUCCGAAUCCAGUGAACCAUUAACUUAAUGUUAAAUUAACCUCUAAAAGAGGAACACCUUCCAUGUGGAACACCUUUUAGAGGUACCAAAGGUAUUCCACUUAGACUGGUUUACUGUCAUUCUAUUUAACAUGUAAUCCUUUAAUGUCCCCUUUAUUUCAUUCUAUGUAUGAUAUGUCAGGUGAAAUCUUGAAUUUCACUGUUUAAUACUGUUGAUAGAACUGCCCAGGAAAAAAAUCGACCAAUCCAAUAAAUCAUGCCACCUUUUGAUUAUGAUGCCAUGCUUGCACUUUCAGGGUAGAGAUAGGAUUAAUUUAUUACUAUUUUGUUUACAUAUAUAGCUGCCUGCAAAAUAUGACAUCAUAAACCUAGCCAAUAUACCAUAGUUCAAUAGUUCACCAAAAGGGGGCAGGGUUUACUGUUAUGGUCUAUUGUACUUUAAACCACACAUCAGGAUGCAAAAACACCCUUCGAUAUAUUCACUGUGUAAAUUGUGUGACCAUCUAUAUCUUAAGAGCAUCUCAAAGGGAUUAAAAUGUGACAUGUAUGAUUCACAAUAUACUGUAAAACCUGCGUAAAUCGAUCACCUCCGUACUGGCCAAAAGUGUUUCAUGUGGAAAUGUUUUUCUAAUAGAGUGUUCAUUUACAUGUAAUUUAAUGGGACUUUGGCCUUCCCUAUGGAUCUGUGGUUCCCACAGAGGCGUUCCAUUUGACAGGUUUCACUGUACUCAAAAGAAGCUAAUUACAUGGCCUUAUGCUUGGAUAUAUACAAAUGCAUUGAUAGAUGAAGAUCAUUUCUGCCUUAAUAUAAAAUAUUGUAUAAAGAAAGCAUCCAAUACAGAUAUUGCACCCAAGUGCUACUCAGUGUUAUUGUCCUUCACAAUCUUUCACAUGCCAAUGUAAAUACAUGUGCAUAAAUAUUGUGCUAAAAUAUUCAUUUUUAUCCACAAUUUGUAUAUUAUGCUUAUGAUUAAUUUUUUUCUUGAUUAAAGAAUGAGUUGCAAAUUUUGAAAAAUAGUUCUUGUAAACUGAACAGAAUUACAGACUGACAAGGGGCAAACUGACCAGAAGAGAUCAGGGGCCCUGACCUGGGGUACAGACUGGCGAGUUCCAGUUUUUGUUCAUUUUUUAUUUGAAUUAAAUUAAUGCUUGCUUUAAGUGAAAACAUGUAAGUUACACAUAAACUGCAGAUGAAUAAAUAAUGACAACUUGUAUAUAAAAUAUAAACUUUUCUAAAUGUAGAUUUAGCCACCAUAGUUUAAAUACAUGUGAACAGGUCCCUUAUCUGCAGUAUGGACAUGAAAUACUGAAUUUCUGUCUGUAUUUGAAACACACUCUCCCACCUGAGCCAAUUCAAGACACUCAUUGUCAGUAGUAUUGAUAAACAAUAUCUUGGAGUAUUUCUAAAUAAAAUGGCCUGAUCGUCUUAUAUUUCUUAUAAUUGGAAGUGCACCAAACGAAAACAUGUCAAAUUCCUGGGGAUUUAGGCGAGUAUUUAAUAUGGCAUUUCUUAUUUGCCAAAUCAUGGGCUUUCAAUCUGUUAUGGCCAAAUUAAAACCCUCGUCAGAUUAAAGACAAAUACAGUAUUAUAAAUGAAAAUUGUGUUGAAUGAUUUUAACUUGUAGUUUUGCAUUUUAAAAAACCAAAAGUCAACCUCCAAUCAAUUUUUAGAUUAUCCUGUCCAUAUUCCAGAUUAGGUACUUAUGCAUGUUUAUAAUUUACACUAGAGUACUAUGUACAUGAAACUCAUAUGUGAGCACUUCAACAUACUUUACUACAUAUAUUUCACAUUUCAAUCAAAAUUUAACUCACAAUUAAAUCAUGUCUUGAGUACUGCUCACAAUUACAUCAUGAUUUGAGU